AUGGAAACAAUUUUUAGCUUUGAUGAAGUAUUCCAAGAGCCGGCGCCGUUUAUUCGAAAUUUCAAAGACAAUUUAUACAAUGACUAUCAUUUGACGCUUGCAGUUCGAGCGAUCACCAGUCGAAAAGAUUGGGCAAAGAUUAUUGCGAUUAGACAGCAUGAUAUAACUGAGGUUCUUGACGACUCUUUUGUGACAAAAAUGAUAUCGCGACUACAAGCUUCCAAUAUCAAUGCUCGAGAUGGUCGUAUUAUCGACUUUGACAAAUUCAUGAAUGCAGCGAUCAAUUACGAUGGUCUCGCCAAAUCGCUGAUGGAGCCAUCAUUGCUCAAUCUUCACUGCAAGUUCAAGGAUAAACGCGAGAAGGGUAAAUAUUUAACAACGAUGAAUAUGUUCAGUUGGUUCUACUACAAGUUGAUGGAGCAAACUCCUGAAAAAAUACCAUCAAAAGUAGUUGUCUGUAUGCACGAAUGCAUAUUCUGGAUACUGCGUGAUUAUAUUGGCCAUUAUGCGAGUCAGAUCAAAUACAAUAAUUACCAUCUUCUCGAUAUAACCCAAUUCGACAACCACUGGAAGGAUAAAAUUGACGCGGAAGCUGAAAAAGCGGGAAUCAUGAUCUCGGAGCAAAGCAAUGAUUAUAUCGCGCAUGCUCUUUUGGGUCUUAUUAAAGACAAGCUAAAUAAGGAGACGAUGGGAACUCGAUUGAUUUAUUUAGCGAUAUUGUACCUUGACAUGCAAUAUCGUCAUAUUCUGAUUCAUCUCUAUAUGAAUGCGUUUGCCGUAAAAGCUUAUAUGGAUCAAUUCAUCGAGUCGAAUGUUGAUGGAGAAUUCACGUUCAAAUUUACGGUUGAGAAGGAUGUAAUUGCAAUCCGAUGUGCCGUCACCGACAAUGGUGAUUUGGUGUAUGUCCAUGAUGUCAAUCGCAUAUUGCAGAGAAUGUCGAAAAAGAAGAAAGUUGAAUUCUCAAUGUACGAGGAUGGAUCCGCCAGCGGAGUUUAUGCAAUGAUGCCCAUUUCAAAAUUGGAAAGUAUUCAAAAAACUUAUGGAUUCGGACAAACGCAUAUCGAUCCUAUUCGAUAUGAAAUUCUCGAUUGGAACUUCCGAUACCGUCCGAUUAUCACGUCAGACAUGAAGUUGACACUUCCGGCAGUCAACGCGAUCCUUGAGAUUUUCUGCUUUCUGAUUCAAGAGCACGAAGCCCAUCGCAAAAUUCUUUCAUCGUAUAUGCGAAUUCUUAGGCGUUGGGUCGAAUCGCUCUACAAGUUUUUCCCGGAAACCAAAGACUAUAUUUAUUUCGUUGAUAUGACACCGAUAUAUAAUCGCAAAAACGAGUUCGUUUUCACUCAAAUUUUCAACGAUGACCUAGCGAAUAAGAAUCUCGAUCGCCAUCUUCUAGCCAUUUAUGAUGAGGAGUUCAAAGAUGUCACCGACGAAUCGAAAAUACCACCGAGACCUUACGAUCCCGGACUUUUCCCUUAUCCAAAUGAUCCGGAAGCGGAGAAUCUGACAUUAUACCGGAAUUAUUGGAAAAUUGUUUCGCUUUUUGGACCGGAUAAUUUUAUUCGGAACGUAACUGAUUGUUUCAUAUCGGAAUUCCCAAAGCUUGUUCGUGUACUUCAUUUACAGCGAUAUUGUGUUCAACGAAAAUUUUGUGUCCUUAGAUUCUUGAAUAAUCCGGCCGAUUAUGAAGGAUUGGAAAUUUGUACAUCGUUCAAAAAUGAGAAUGUGCCAAUUCCGCGAAUAAUGAAAGACGAAAGUGAUGUUAAAACCUAUGCUGAAAAAUCGAAAAAAUCGAAGCGUGGAAAAAAUGCGUCGCGGAAUAAACGGUCGAACCGAAGCUCAACAUCGUCUUCUUCAGAUCGUGACAAGAACAAGACGAAGAAAAUCGAAUCGGGUGGAAUUGGAAAAGAUUCGGAACAUCGCGAGCAGUAUAUUGAUAAUGAAGACGAGAAGCAUCCAGAGGAUCCGAAUCCGGAGGGGACGGAGCAGCAGAAUUCAGAAGAGCAUUUGGAGAAGAAAAACCUAGAAGAACACACUCCGGAUGAUCAUCCAGAGGAGCCGAAUUCGGAAGAACGGACUCCAGAAGAGGAUACUCUGGAGAAAAAUCCAGAUGAGGAUCAUCCAGAAGAUUAUCCGGAAGAGCCGAACCCGGAAGAGCAGAAUCGAGAUGGCGAAGAAAAUGAUAAAAUUGGAGAAGACGGCGACGAAGAAAAUUCAGAAGAAGAGAAAGAAGACGAUGAUCCGGAAUAUCCGAUUGAUAAUUCAGAAUCUCCUUCAUCAACACCUUGUUUGAGCAAACAAAUAAUUGAUAGGCAAAUUGAAGAAGUUGUCAAGUUGUUCGGAGAUACAUUCCAAUUUUUCGAUUCGAAAUUUCCCGACGAAAAAUUCGAUGCCAACACCUUCAUCGAGAUUUUGGAGGAUGUCAAUGAAGCAAAUAUUUUCCAAGAGGACGAAAUGUGGCUUCUCAACAAGGUUCUGUGCCAUCCAAUGGAAUAUUUCGAAAUGGCCCGUCAAGCAUGGAAAGAUGUUCUCGAAUUGACGAUGUCCGAUGGCAACUAUUGGUUUCAGAAAAUUCAACUUCCGGAUGAUGAUGACUAUGUGACCGAAGAGAUUGAUGAUCUACCAGAAAGUGGAUUGCCAGAAUUCUUCACUGAUAUGCCGGAAGGGAUCGAGGAUAUAUCGGAAGAUGAGAUAGACGAAGAGGCGUCGGAAGAAAUUGAUAAGAUUCAGACUGAAAAUGGAUUAGUGGGGCCACAUGAAAUUUUUGAUGAGCUAUCAGAAAAUGGUACGGAAUCCAUUGAAGAGUUUGAAGAAAACAAAAAUGUUGAGCUAGAGCCUUCCUCGCCAUCGAUUCAGCGUGUCUCGAAUAAAUUGAAGAUGUUGGGAAUUGGAGGGAAUACAUUGAGUUAUUCGGCUCAAUGGCAUCAGAAGCAAUUGUUUCAGCCUAUUCGGAAUAUCAUUCCGAAUGCGCCAAUGCAGCUUCCGCUGUUUUUCCAGCAAGUUCCUUCAACUUCAGCCGCUGGAUUUCAAUCCCUCAAUCCCGCUGUUCCUCAUAUGCCGCAUGUGCCUAUGACGCCAUAUCGCCCUCCGAUUCAACCCUAUCCAAAUUUGAUGGCGCAUGGCUUCCAACCUCCAGUUUCGUUUGGACCUCAGAAGGUUUAUCGACCCGAAGACCUCUUGAGGUCCGUUGAAGAAACGAACAACCAGAACGCGACGAUUUGCAAUUUUCCGAACACGAAAAUCCUUCACGAUCAAGGAAUGGUUCAAAAUUCGAUGAACGAAGAUAAAUCAACUGGGGUGCGCUUUUAUUUAUUCUUUUCUAUCUUAACUUGA